AUGCGAUUCUUCGGCAUUCCUUCCCUAGCCAUACCCCUAUGGCUGACGGUGUCACCAUUUGUAUAUGCAAAUGAAGAACGCAGCUCGAAUGUCUGCAUUGUCAAAGCCAAUGGGUACCAGAGAGAUGACGUCCCUAACAUCCUAGAAGCCUUCCGACGGUGUGGCAAUGGUGGUACUAUCAUAUUUCCAGAGGACCAAGCCUACUGGAUUGGUACUCGGUUGAACCCCGUUGUAAGCGAUAUAGCAAUUGAAUGGCGCGGGAAAUGGACAUUCUCCAACGAUUUGGAUUACUGGCGUAAUCACUCAUAUCCAGUUGCCUUCCAAAACCACGCUGCUGGGUUCAUUAUCACGGGUCACAAUAUCACGAUCGAUGGAUACGGCACUGGUGGUAUCGAUGGUAAUGGGAACACAUGGUACACAGCCGAUAAAGGCGACACACAGCCCGGUAGACCAAUGCCGUUUGUGUUUUGGAAUGUAUCCGAUGUCAGUGUCGAAAAUUUCUACGUCAAAGACCCCCAGUUGUGGGCCGUAAAUAUCAUGAACGGAACCAAUAUGCGCUUCAAUAACAUCUACUGCAAUGCGACUGCGGUAGAUGCACCAUACGGCGAAAACUGGGUCCAGAAUACAGACGGAUUUGAAUGUUCAGCUCAGCAAGGUGGCGAUGACUGCGUGGCGAUUAAACCACGAUCCUACAAUGUCGAUAUCCACAAUGUCACCUGUCGUGGUGGAAAUGGGAUUGCUAUAGGCAGUCUGGGCCAAUACCAGGAAGACUCAAGCGUGGCUAAUAUCCGCAUCGAUACAGUUAAGGUGAUCCGAUACAACGAUGACAUGCACAACAGCGCGUAUAUCAAAACGUGGGUCGGCGCACCUGUACCGCAGAGCUCGUAUGAGAAUGCUGGACUCCCUCGCGGUGGUGGCUGGGGCAGCAUUCGGAAUGUGUUGUUCUCAAACUUCGAAGUCCAUGGAGCCAACGCUGGACCUACUGUCAAACAGGACAAUGGAAACAAUGGCUCGUACUCGGGAACAAGUUUGAUGAGCAUUUCCAAUGUCGCGUUUGUAAAUUUCACGGGUUAUAUUGAGAGUACUUCGACGAAUGUGGCAUCUGUUUCAUGCUCAAAUGUGCAUCCAUGCUACAAUAUCGAUUUUGAUAACGUGGUUCUAUACCACCAAGAGAAUGCAACGACGCCGGGGGCUGGGUCGUGCAAGUAUACAAUGGAAGGAGGGAUACACGGGCUCGAUGGAUGCUGA